AAUAUCGAAUCAGACUCUAUUCAAAACCCAAGCAGAUUCAAUAAUGUGGCGUUUGACAAUCGUCGCACUGAUGAUGUUGAUUGCGGUGGCGGCAACCGAGUCGGUCGACUCUCCAGUUUACAGUGCGAAAUACGCAAAUGUGCAUUAUCAGCCGGAUAUAACCGCGGCAGAUAACGAAGGAGCCAAUAAAACGGUAACCAACGAUGGAAACGGCAAUAAAACCGAAUUAAAUUUCCGCGAGAGGCACAGGGAGGAAGUUACGGAGCAUCCCAGAGUCGCCGGCAACAACCAGGAAGUGUCGACCGAGCCCGAGUCGGAGCAAAUAAAUUUCGCCAGGAUCCAAAAUAGGAAGAUCAAGAGCGACAAAUUGCAAGAAGACGCGGAUGAGGUCGAAGACGCAUACGAAUUGGCCGAUCUGAAUCAACAAGGGGUCUAUUAUAUUUAUCACCCUGACGGGGUCCUGCAGAAAGUCGUGUACGCCACGAGGGACAGUCUCAAAGACAUGGAAUAUUCGGCGGAGGUGAAUUAUCGCAACGUCGAACCCAUUGUGGAACCCAUUUACACGUACGAUCCCAGCACUUUUGUUCUACAGCGAUUGCGGUUGAUAAAUACGUAGACGAAGGGGCAUAAAUUUGUUUAACGCGUUUUCAUGUAAAGCGAGAGAGAUUAGUGGGGGGGCAUGAGGGGCGAUUUGUUUUCGUGUCGUAGCCGCGCUAGAACAAUGGUCGCGGCUGCGUGUUGGUUUCCAUUUUUACGGGAUCCGUUUUUGUUUGUUAAUUAAAUUAUUUUUUGAUAAAU